AUGACAGCUGGUGGGGGAUGGACAGUGAUCCAGAAGAGAAUGGAUGGCUCUGUUGAUUUUAACCGCACCUGGGAUGACUACAAAUAUAGCUUCGGUAACUUUAGCGGUGAAUUUUGGCUCGGAUUGGACAAAAUAAACCGCCUGACUCGAAACAAGACAAACAACAAGCUUCGAGUAGAUCUGGGAGUAAAAACUGGCAAAACUGCUCACGCUGAGUAUGACUGGUUUGCGAUUGGCAACGAAAUGGUUAAAUACCAGCUGUACAUUGGCAAUAAGACUAGUUCGUAAAACAUUUUUUAAUUUUCAUUGUUUAGAUUUAUCUAUUAUUUUCCUCAUCCGUUAAGAAUCCCCUCUCCCUCCCUCCCUUCCCUUCCAUAUUAACAUAGGAAUAAUGGUUUGUUCCUCUAACCGUCUGACUAUUCUACUCACGCGGGGUUGAGUCCUAGCUUCUCUGUUGAAAACGUUAGUUUGCUUUGGAGUCUGCAGUUCAAUGACGAUGCAGUUACUGAACUCAGCUCUAGAAAGAUACCAUAGUUUGUUUAACCAUCCGACUUGCUCACUUUUAAUCAAAUCAGGAUAAUUUACCCACCUCGUCGAAUAAUAGUUAAUCAGUUAUCGUCAUAUGCAAUUGAAAGUUCGUGACUUUAAUGCUAAGAGAAAACUAUUUCGUCGAAGCAGCAAGUAGCCACAGUUUAAAUUGAGUUUUGUUCUGAUUGUUUUUAGUUUGCUUUGUUUUUUUGUUUUGCUUUGUCUGUUUGUACGUUUGUUUGUUUUGUCACAAACAUCAAGCUUGACGCUUCGAAGGCGUCAGCAUGAUCCCAAUGCUGAUUCUUUUCGUUUUUUGGUUUUUUUUUUUUUUUGUUUUGAAACAGAUGAGACUGCGACCUUUGAUUCCUUCGGUCCUCACAGGAAUCAAGUUUUUGGUACCUGGGAUAGAUAUCCUCAUGAUUGUGAUGAAAAGAGAGGCGGAGGCUGGUGGUAUAGUGAUAGUAACUGUGCUGUCUGGUAA